UGAACGCCUCCAGUCCAAACUCCAGUCUGAAAUGGCCUCUCGCUUUUCAUUUGACCUCUCCACUCCUCCCCUCCGCUGGGGACCCUGGUUGUACUACAGACGAGCAGAAGAAGGGAAGCAGUAUCCAGUGUUAUGUCGAAGAUUAGCUAGCUUAAAUGAAGAGUUUAUUUCUCAUAAAUCUCCAUCAGCCGGCUUUGAUUUCACCUCUGGGCAGAGAAUUGAGCAGAAGUUGCUUGAUUAUAACCAGGAAGCUGAAAGAUUCGGGGGUUAUGCUUAUGAGGAAUUGUCAGAAGUUUCACCUGACCAUCGCUAUCUGGCAUACACUAUGUAUGACAAGGACAAUGACUACUUUAAAUUAUCUGUGAGGGACUUGAAUUUUGGUACACUUUGUAGCAAGCCUCAGGCUGAUCGAGUUUCAAAUAUAGCUUGGGCCAAAAAUGGACAAGCAUUGCUAUAUGUUGUAACCAAUCAUGAUAAGAGGCCUUACAGGCUAUAUUGUAGCAUGGUUGGAUCGGAUGAAGAUGACAUUCUGCUUUUAGAGGAUCCUCAAGAAAAUGUUUAUGUAAAUAUAAGACAUACCAAGGAUUUUCAGUUUGUGACUGUGAAUACAUUCUCAACCACAUCUUCAAAGAUCUUUCUAAUAAAUGCAGCUGAUCCCUUAUCUGGCAUGACUCUAGUUUGGGAGUGUGAGACACGAGUCCACUGCAUAGUUGAGCACCAUCAAGGUUUUCUUUACCUCUUUACUGAUGCUGCCAAAGAGGGCCAGCCUGUUGAUAACCACUAUCUCCUGCGUAGUCCUGUUGAUCCUUCACCAAGUCUCAGAAAAUGGGAGAAUGUCUUUGCUGAUGACGAUGAGUUGAUUGUUGAAGAUGUUGACUUUAGUAACUCACAUUUGGCACUAAUUGUAAGAGAAAAUAGGCUGUUUAAGCUCUGUUCAGUUUCUCUUCCUCUGCCUAGUGGCAAGGGAUCUUUUCAUCUCAAAGAGCUUUAUCCACAAUUUUUGCCACUUCCAAGUAAUGUUACUCAAAUAUCGCCUGGACCAAAUUAUGAUUACCUUUCGUCAACCAUGCGCUUUACGAUAUCCUCACCCGUGAUGCCCGAUGCUGUAGUUGAUUAUGAUUUGUCAAAUGGGAAAUGGAAUAUUGUUCAACAGCAGAAUUUGCUGCAUGAAAGAACACGUGUUUUGUAUGGGUCAGCAUCAUCUGGUAGCAGGGGUGAGAAGUCACCUUUGUCCAGGGUAGAUGAAGUCAAUAUUGCAAAUGAUAAUCCAUGGAAUGACCUUGUUGAAUAUUAUGGUUGUGAUCAGUACAGUGUUCCAUCUGAUGGAGUUGUUGUUCCUUUAACCAUAGUGUAUUCACGUCAUAGAAGGAAAGAGGAUCAGAGUCCUGGCCUGCUCCAUGGCCAUGGAGCUUAUGGAGAGAUACUUGAUAAAAGAUGGCGCAAUGAGUUAAAAAGCCUUCUUGAUCGUGGUUGGGUGAUUGCAUAUGCUGAUGUUAGAGGUGGCGGUGGCUUUGGUAAAAAAUGGCAUCAUGAUGGCCAGCGCUCAAACAAGAUAAAUUCCAUUCGCGAUUAUAUCUGCUGUGCGAAAUUUCUGGUUGACAACAAGAUUGUGCAAGAAAAUAAGCUUUCUGGUUGGGGAUAUAGUGCUGGAGGAUUGUUGGUUGCUGCUGCAAUUAAUUCUUGUCCUGAUUUAUUUCGUGCUGCAGUUUUGAAGGUUCCAUUUUUGGAUCCAACCAAUACCCUUCUCUAUCCCAUUUUAUCACUUACACCCGUUGAUUAUGAAGAAUUUGGGUACCCGGGAGAUGUUGAAGAUUUUCAGGCUAUGCGUGCUUAUUCUCCUUAUGAUAACAUACAGAAAGGUGUUCACUACCCAUCUGUUUUAGUGACCUCUUCAUUCAAUACCCGGUAACUCCAACUCCUGUCGUUUUCUGGCUAUCUGUAUAACUAUUAUUCUCACAUUGGGAUAACGAGUCCAGUGUGUUGAAAACUUCAUGCUAAAAAACUGCCGAUCUGGGGGACUGAAAACAUUUUGAAAUAAUAUAUAAGUAAAAGCAGUUCAUGAGAGGUUAACCGUUUGCUAAGUGUCCAUCCCAAUUAAACAUGCCAGUUUCCAUAUUUUUUCUCUGGUUAUAUUAGAAGUAGGAAAUCACAGCUUUGUGACUUUGGUAAGGGUGCUGUUACAUGUGGAUAGAAUUGUCUUCAAGGAUAUUUAUUGAGUAUUGAAUUGUCGACUAUAGCGGGGAAAUUAUCCAAAGCCAGUACAUUUUUAUUGCAUGAGUUCUACAAGUUUUGAUAGCAUGGUCAUGGUAAUGUGAAGAAAUCAGAUGAACAGAAAAAUAAAUAGUUUUGAGUCUAGUUAUAUCAGAUGGAGUAUUUUGGUGACUAAGUUGAGUUAAUUAUUCUGAAAUGGACACAUUGAACAAUUGGCACUCGUGAUAGGCUGCACCACGGCAGCUUGGACAUGGGGUAAUUUUGUGUCCUGCUAACAAAUUGCCUAGGACGGAAGUUCUUCAUCUUUUGGUGUCAUGGUUAUAGACGUGAUAAAAAAAAAAAAUUUUCCCCCCU